UAGGUGCCCGAGCUACUGAGGGUCUAAGUCCGGGCAGCCGAAGAGUGUGGUAGGUAACGGUCGUCAGCGCAAGGGUCAUUUCGUCGCUGGGAAGGGACGGCCCUCGCCCGCGGUGAUGGUGGUUAGCAAGAUGAACAAAGAUGCGCAGAUGAGAGCAGCGAUUAACCAAAAGUUGAUAGAAACUGGAGAAAGAGAACGCCUCAAAGAGUUGCUGAGAGCUAAAUUAAUUGAAUGUGGCUGGAAGGACCAGUUGAAGGCACACUGUAAAGAGGUAAUUAAAGAAAAAGGACUAGAACACGUUACUGUUGAUGACUUGGUGGCUGAAAUCACACCAAAAGGCAGAGCCCUGGUACCUGACAGUGUAAAGAAGGAGCUCCUACAAAGAAUAAGAACAUUCCUUGCUCAGCAUGCCAGCCUUUAAGAUUGAAUUAGAUUGUGUCGUUUUGUGGUUUUAUUUCUGAAAGUAAAACUUGCCAUAAAUUAGGAAUCAAUUUCCCAAAAUAAAAUCCUUUUUUGUAUGAUGGUAUACAGUUUUCAGUAAUGAUGUAUACAUUGUAUUGAUUUUUUUC